AUGUCAGGUCUGGCAACCAAGGUCCAAGCUGGAGAAGAACCUCCCGAUGGGGCGAGAUGUCUAAAUUUGGUAGGCGCGAAGAAGCAACAAAGCGAUGGCACACAGCACAAAAAUCCUGACUACUCCAUGUUCUGGGAGCCUGGCAGUCUUCUUGGACAAGACCACAAGGCACGGGCUUUGAUUUCUCACUCACCAACAUAUCUGGCUCCUACUGACACUGACUUUAACCUGUCUUCGGCAACUUGCCGCAGUCACAUUCCGGUUUACAAGCGACCCGAAGGCGUAGGACUGGCAUGGGGCGGUUAUGACCUAUACAGCGGGUGGCAGUAUAUCGGAGACAUGUCAAGGAAUAUAUUUUCAAAAAGCAUUACCGGACAAAGUCUGCUGCCUGGCGAGAGUUGCACGGUAAUAACAGGUAAUCGAGCACUACUAGGAUUGUAG